AGAUCCGCCCCGCUAGUGACGUCAGCACUCUGGCUAUCGGCAGGCAGGGAAACGUGCUGCUAAAGGCCGUGUGUGAGCCCAGCUUCACCUCAGUCCAGUUACUCGCUUCCGCGACCCGCACAAGGCGCAGAGAGGGGCCGUGUCGCCGCUCGCCCGGUUUUACAGGCUGCAAACAGGCAGAAGAUGGAGGAACUUCAGGACGUGCAGCUGACGGAAAUCAAGCCACUGCUCACCAACAAGAAUUCCCGGAAUUUCCAGGACUUUGACUGCCAGGAGCAUGAUAUCGAGACACCCCAUGGGGUCCUGCAUGUCACCAUGAGGGGCGUCCCUCGGAGCAACAGGCCGGUCAUCCUGACCUACCACGACAUUGGGCUGAACCACAAGUCCUGCUUCAACACGCUCUUCAACUUCGAGGACAUGCAGGAGAUUACGCAGCACUUCGCCGUGGUCCACGUGGAUGCCCCUGGCCAGCAGGAGGGUGCCCCCCCUUUCCCUACUGGGUACCAAUACCCAACCAUGGACCAGCUGGCAGAGAUGUUGCCCUCGGUGCUGACUCAUCUGAAGGUGAGCGGUGUGAUCGGGAUUGGAGUGGGAGCCGGGGCCUACAUCCUGACCAGAUUCGCGCUGAACCAGCCCAACCUUGUUGAAGGCUUGGUUCUGAUCAACGUGGACCCAUGUGCCGAGGGAUGGAUUGACUGGGCCGCCUCCAAGCUCACUGGAUGGACCAGCAACCUGGUGGACAUUGUGAUGUCUCAUCACUUCAGCACCGACGAGCUAACACAGAACCAGGAGCUGAUCCAGACCUACCGCCUGCACAUCGCACAGGACAUCAACCAGGACAACCUGAGCCUCUUCUGUACCUCCUACAACAGCCGUCGGGAUCUGGAGAUCGAGAGGCCCGUUCUCGGCCUCAACGAGAACACUGUCACCACCCUGACGUGUCCCGCCCUGCUGGUGGUUGGUGACACUUCCCCAGCCGUGGAGGCAGUGGUUGAGUGUAACUCUAGGUUAAACCCAACAAAAACUACCUUGUUAAAGAUGGCCGACUGUGGGGGCCUGCCUCAGGUUGUCCAGCCUGGCAAGCUCACCGAAGCCUUCAAGUACUUUGUCCAGGGGAUGGGCUACAUCCCUUAUGUUCAGCUCAGCCACCUGAACAACGACACAGUGGCCUCGGCGGGAAUGACGCGGCUGGCUCGCUCCCGCACCCAGUCCUCCUCCAGCGUGAGCUCUGGUGAGGGCAGCCGUGGCCACGCCCAUGGCCAGCUGGAGGGCACUCUUGACAACCAGGCCCAGCCCCAGACCAUGGAGGUGUCCUGCUAGACGGGGCCCCCACCCCCUCAGUGUCCCCCGUCCCCCGCUCUCCCCGCUGCAUCAAGAGGGGGCUGUAAUGUAUUGUGUAACACAUAUAGACAGGUACCUACGUAAAUGUAUUCAUACACCAAGCUGAACUUCACAAGCUGAAAGAGCAUAGAAAUCAGAGUAAUGUUUAGUUUAAAAGUGAAGCCCAGGGCUGGUGGCGGCACGUUGGCGCCCUCGGGUGGUCAGGUGACCUGUAGCGGUUCUGAAUUUUACUCCUCACUCUGCCAGUGCGUCAUUUAACAGUUGAAUUGUCUUUUCUGUGAUGAGUUGGAGAUUUAGCACAGGACGGAUUUGUGAUUGGGUCUGGGGGACGGGUCUGGGAGGGACAUCCGUGUCCCCCUGGAUCUCAAACCCACUGGAGGUGCCAGGUGAGGCUUGCCCACACACUGUGUAACUGACCACAGCGUCAAUCUCCCAGAGCAUUUCGUGGAGUUUCAGUGCAGCCGCAUGGUGGUCCUGCCUCAGCACAGGCCGGGAAGGCCUUCCGUUGGGUUCUGUUCCACUUUCCAUCCAGCAAACACCCCCUCACACGCGCACAUUUGUACUGCCUUUUUUUUUAAUGGUAAUCUUCGUGUUUGUCUUAACGUCAUCCUGUGAGCGUCUCCUCUCACCCUGUCUGCUGCAUGGCUUUCUCCGUAGCUCUAACCGCGAUUCUCCAGCGGACCAGCCAGACUGUAGGCUGUCAGCGAUUAGCUGUCGUUCGGCUGCCUGUUGUAGGGGAGUCCUGCCUUCUCGAAGCUGCUCGCACGUAACAGGCCUGAUAGUUUGGUAGGUACUCAGUUCAUAGGUUUGUAGUCCACACACUGGAGUGUGUAGAGCACAUCGAUGUCACAGAAUGGGUUUAGUACGCAGUCAUCCUGCUGAAAAUGGGGAAAUCGUGUUCCUGAAGAACAUUGAGAUGGUAGGAGAGCAGGAGAGUCAACGAAACGGAACUUCCAUGUAGCAAUGCAAACACUGAUGUCAGCACAGGCACCCUGUUAAAUAUUGGACCAUAAGAUGGAUUAAUGUAUGAGGAGUUGAGGAGGACAAGGGUCAGAGGAACUUCAGGACAUAGGCCUUCAACCUCUGGAAGAUCGUCUAUCUGUCAGCAUCCAGGGAAUCUGAUCUUGUGGAUCUGUGAGCAGCUAUUACGGUGAUUUCAGCAUUCGUCCAUGUCCGGUAUCGGAAAUGUGAAAUGGUUUGCCGGUGGAAUCUGCUAGAGCUGUUCAUCUGAAGUGCGCCUCCUUCAGGUCACAUCCAGUCAUGUUGAGUGUUUUUAAUCAUACAUUUUACUGGAUUCUGACAGCUUUCGAUGGUAUCUAGUAGUUUUGUUGUCCCUCAAAUCACACGUUAAUACAUCUCUGUGUUGAUGCUAAAGUGUGUUUCACGCCCCCUAGAGGGGAGAUGUAAGCUCUCACCAUCCGCUGCCUUUGGUCUUUGUACUGACUGCUCAAUAAAACUAGGUUCAAGGUG